UAAUCGCGCAACACUAAUUUGAAAGUUCGAUAUUAGUUCAAAAACUCGGAAAAAUCAAAUUUGUUCUGGAAUUUUGUGUUUUUAUUUUCUCUGUUUUUGAGAUAUUCGUAACAAAGAAAACACCUUAGAUAGAAUCCACAAUUCUAGAUUUUCCUCUUAGUUUUUCAUUAGAUUCUUUCAUUUAUUUUCAUCUCCUUACUUAGCGAUCUCAAUUCUCAUAGAUACUGUUUCUGUACAUAGUGCGCGAUUCAUGCAAGUAAUUCAAGUAAAUGUUCCAUAUAAAGGCAAAAUGUUUUCCCAUCAAUUUUGCUUGUAGAAAAUUAGAAAUUCGUCACAAUAGGUUAGCAGUAGUUCGAUUUGCACUUAUUGGAUUCGCUGUUUUGGCGAUUUUAAAUGAAUAUCUCGUUUAUAUACUGAAACCAGUCGUGUCUUGGCCAGCUAUAAAAUGUAAUAAAACUGAACACUGCACCAAAAUCUUAUUAGUGGCAGAUCCUCAGAUUUUGGGCGAAUACAAAGAAAAUUUUCUGGCCAGAUUUGACAGUGACAGGUAUCUACGAAAUACCUUCACUACAGCAUUACAAUUUGUGAAGCCAGAUGGUAUUAUAUUUUUGGGAGAUUUAUUCGAUGAAGGAAGUGUGGCGACGACGGAUCAAUUCAAUCGUUAUUGUAAUCGAUUUCAUUCCAUAUUUCAGUUGGAAAAAUUGACUGGUGCAGAUACGGAGACAGUGUUCAUCCCCGGAGACAACGAUAUUGGCGGCGAAAAUAAUGAAAUAAUUAGAAGCGAACAUGUAGCAAGAUUUCGAAAAAAAUUCGAUACCAAAGAUAUUCAUUUCAUUAAAGAUGUACAAAUCACCAAAGUGAAUAAACUGUUACGUACAUAUCCCGUUUUAGAAGAUAAAUCAUCGAAUGGAAAAUUUAAGCUGAAUAUUGCGGUAUCGCACAUGCCAUUAAGCACUGUCAUAAGCCCAUUUACUGAACAAGUGAUUCUCAACGUGAGACCUGAAUUUAUUUUCUCAGCUCACGAUCAUAAAUCAUACGCACUUCUCACCCUUAAAGAAGAUGGUAAAAUGCUUUAUUACGAGGAUAUGAAAUACAACGCUUUUAAAGGCGGAAUUUCCACGUGGACAUUUCAAGCUGCCAAAUCUACUAAUUACUCUGUCAUCACUGAAAUCGUUGUUCCUACUUGUUCUUAUAGAAUGGGCUCCGCUGAUGUGGGCUAUGGUGUUAUUAUUCACGGAGAAAAUAGUGAACAAAUUACGUAUCACGUUCUUUGGUUACCAUCGAGAUUACCUCAUUUGUGGCUGUAUGUCAUUUUUAUAAGUAUUAGUUCGGCAUUUAUAUGGUGUAAUUGUAGUUCUUUAAGAAGGUUGUAUUUCAAGUACUGCAAAUAAUGAAGGCGCAUUACCUUGACGAUCUGAUUUCAUUAUUUCUAAGAAACCCGUAAACUAAUGAAUUUUCUGAAAGAACAGAAAUGUUGAUCAUCAAGUAAACAUUAUCCUAAGUAUUAAAUCAAUCUGUUCAUAUCUGGUCAAUCAUAGAAUUAUCGUUUUAUUAUAAGGAGACAGAUCUUUGUUCCAAUUUUUAGUUUUUCUUUUUUUAAAGAUUUAUUAUAAUUUUAUUCGGAUAUUAUGAUCUCGAAUGUUGUAUUAGUCAUUAAUUUUUUCCAUUAAAUUUUUUACUUGUCAUUCA